CACAGCAGCCUACUGUCCACUGUUGUGCUCGGUGUCCUUUUUUUUUUUUUUUUUUGGGUGGGCUGUGGUAAUGUGAUCACACAUUAAAUAAAUGAGGUGGCAUCGUCGUGAGCGGAGCAGGUCAAGUUCAGACGUGUCGGUAGAGGGUGAGGUUUAAACUUUGCGCGUUGAUUUGGUUGACAGUUUGCCGUCACGUCUCUCCUCGCUGAGCCAGUGUCGGUUUCGAUAGCCGAAUUAAGAGCAUGUAAGGGCUCGAACAUGGAGACGCUCUCGGAGACCAAAGACUCGGAGGACUGCUUCGGCAGGACGUUUUCCGCUCUCACCGUCGAUGAUGUGUACCAGAUAGCCAAAGUGAUCGGCACCGAGGUGGAGAAACUCAUCGACGGUUACGGCAAAGAGAGUGCUGAGGGUCUGGUGCCGAAGAUAGUGAAAGUGCUGGAGCUGCUGGAGAGCUUCGCGUCGAGGAACCAUGCUCACAAACUGAGGGAAGAGGAGCUCCUGAAGACCUUCGAGACCAUACAGCUGCAACAGCAGAAGAAACGCGGGGGGAAGGAAAACGACGAGGCCAACGAUAAAAACGAGAUACGGGAACUGCAGCAGAAGGAGCAGCAGUGGAAGAGGAGGUGCGAAGAGCUGCAGGUCCAGAUACAGCAGCUCCAGGAAGACAGGGAGGUGCUGGAGAGCAGGCUGAAAGGCAGCCAUGCACAGGAAGACCGUGUUCAGCGCCAGGAGCGUGAGGUGAUGCUGAAGCUGAAGGAGGUGGUGGAUAAACAAAGAGAUGACCUGAGGGCCAAAACCCAGGAGAUAACUACCAUCACCAAAGAGGUGGAGGCGCUCCAGGAGCAGCUGGACCGCUUUAUGAAAAUGAAUGCAGAGCUGCGACACAAGCAGAAUGUUUUGCAGGCCCAGCUGAAGAGCACCGUGGAGAGGAAGGCCGACAUGGAGGCCGACCUGAAGGAGAAAAACAAAGAAAUAGAAAACCUCCAAGCACAGCUCGACAGAACCAACAGCAACACGCCGUCCCGACCAAGUCAAACAGCACAGGAGCCAAAGAAAAAGCCAACAUCCGAUCAGAAGGAUCCCGAUCAGCCGUGCUUCACCAAGAAGGAGGUGCGCGACAUCCUUUUCGAGAGGAACGAGCUAAAAACCAACCUCUUCCUGGUGCAGGAGGAGCUCAGCUACUAUCAGAGGGAGAUCCUGAACGAGGAGAGGUGUCCAGGUUUUCUCUUAGAAGCUGUGCGCUCUGCCAUCAAGAAAAAAAGAAAGCUCAUUAAAGCCAAGAUGCUUGGGAUUCCUAACAACGAAUGCAGCAGCAGUGAUGAGGAAGACAGGAGUUCUCUGUUUGGCCAAACAGAAGUGGAUGGCACAGAAGUGGAUGGAACAGUGAAACCGGCUGAGUCACGUAUUCGAAACCUCUUUGGCUUCCUGACGAGGUCAAGCAGCGGCCCGGGUCCCACCGACGUGAACAACUCCGCCUGGGAGAUCAUCAGAGACUCCGAGGCCAAUGAGGAGGCGGAGCAGCUGAGGUCUUCCUGAACGAGUUACUGACCACAGAGUUUGAACUGAGAGAUUUCUCCAAGUUUGACACUCAGACAACUCUUUCUCUUCACCUCAGUCACAACUUCUCUGCGGUUUUUGCUCAGGGCAAAGGUUAUGAGGACAUUUGAAUGCAGACCCAGAGCACCACAGGAAGAUAAACAAGCGCUUUUAAACAAUCCCCUCUUAUUUCCUGAAAUUAAGUUUAAGUUAUGAUUAGUUUAUGUCUCAUGCCUUCCCCUUUACCAUGGAAGGAGGAACAUUGUGUAACUACAGUACGAUAUGAGAAAUACUGCUAUGAUAUUCUGUACAGCAAGACAAUCAUGAUUUUUUUUAUUCUAAGAAAAAAUGUAUUUUUGGUAAUUCAGUAAAAUCAGAUUCUGUAUUUAUAUGUAUUUUAAAAAAACCAAAGACAUAGUUUGAGUUUUAAAUAGAUAUAAUUAUCUACUAUAAUAGUACAUAAAGCAGUAAAUUAAGUUCUGCUCAUUUUAUAACUCAUACAAAUAUUUUCACAAACAAUUACAAUCUAACUCAUACCUCAGCGAGGGAAUUUUAAAGCCAUGUGGUUACUCUAUUUUUAAAUGAUCUGAAGCACUUCUAUGCACAAGGAAACAGAAAAGUUGCAGGUUAAGAGAGUGCAUCUUAACCCCAUAAGCCUUUUUUUAGUGCUCGUAGUGUAAAAAAUCAAUCAAUCAUGUGUCAGUAUUCGGGUAUUUGAUGGUGGUGCCCUAAACGGGGGCUUUCACCACCACCACUUUAACUGAACCCCUUUGUUCCCUCUAAAUGUGGUAGAAACUACUCAGGCAGGCCAGUGGUAUGUGUAAAGGGAGAAUGAAUGAACAUCCAGUAAAACCACCUUCUCCUGACAUCCUUUGUGGGCAAUUUAUUUUUGUAAGCAUCUUUGUAAUGGAGCACUUGUUUUGUUUUGUUUUUGUUUUUUUGCUGAUGUAAACACAUUUAAGGUGUCAUUUGCCAUCUGAGUGAAUUUUAUUAUAAAACAACUGAAAAUGUGUGACAUUGAGAUUUCAAUAAAAACAUCUAUUAAACAGAGAA